AUGACUGGUCCUCAGCCCACUGGACCCCCGUCCCGGAGCCCUUACUCGUCGAAUCACAUGGAGUCUUCGGUGACAAGGCUCUUGGUAGCAACGAAGCUUCUGCUCGAGGCCUUGACCCAAUGGUCAAUCGGCCAGAGAUCAGAGACAGACGUAUCCGAUGUGUAUGUUAGGCUUGGAAACGACUUCCACUCGGCUAGAGUAGCAUUCCAUAGCUACGGAAUCGACAUGAGUGUCCUGGCCUCCGUACCCGAUGACCUUCGCGGCUGCCUGGAACGCUGCUUGUCCGAGGACGCUUCACCAGCUGUCCUUGAUCAACAUCUGCCGAGGGUGCGAGAGAUCAUCGUCAGACUUCUGCAAGGCUUGAAGGUCAAGCAAGCGGAGUACAAGCGAAUACUGGUUGCGGAGUCGCAACAGCGAGUCUCCUAUCUGCCAGAAGCGAGUCAAAGUUCAGCAGAUGCCGGUAGGCCAUCUGGACCGAGGAGCAGUCGCACGUUGAGACAUGAGAGGCAGGGAACGAGCGAGGGACAGGGCGGCAUGGCCCGCUUACCCGAGGAAAGCAGAGGUUCGAGACACGCUUCACUGCAGAAGGCAAAGAGUGAGGCUGUCCGAAGCAGCGGGAGCGGGACGAUGUCUCCACCCAGCUCGCAAGAUGUUCAAGGUACUCAGGUCGAUGACGAUGACACACCAAUGCCAUCCAGCAACGGCAAUCUGAUGGAGUCUUCCGUCGUGCCGGCAAACGUGAUACGCCACUCUCUUUCGGAUCAGCCUUCAAGUAGAGGACAGACUACCAUCACACCAUCUUCCUCACUUACAGGACGGCCUGCUAGCCCGCGAUCAGCUCCCGCCUCAGCUAUCCGUCCCGGGUCAGCGUCCACUCGCGUAUCGAAAGGGCAGAACCACAGCGUCGGACCAAAUGGCGGCAAUGCGGUUGACAUCACGGAGGCUGAUCCGAGUCUGCGGGCUCUCAAGAGCAGGGACGCUUUAGAGAGGAGAGCGAGCAAACGCUUCAGCGCCUACACCUUUAACAAGAUGGGACUUGGACAGGGCUUCGGUCAGAGCUUUGGCUCGGGAAGUUUGGGCAUGAGCAUGCUCAGCAUGGGCGCUGGCAGCGGCAAUAGCCCAAGUCUUGAGCAGCGGAGGAUGGAGAGGAAAAAUAGCCAGAAGCAGAGAGGGAAGGGCAGCAUGUCCGAAUCCAAUCUGGCAACAAUACUCGACAAGGCAGGAGCGUCUGCCGCCGAGGAGGAGGAGGAGGAGCUGGCACAAGGUGAUCUGCAGCCUGACGAACCAACUACCCCUGAAGCAGUCGGGCGCGGCAAGGGCGGGAGUACAGCAGUCCAGCGUUCACCGGUAACACGGAGAACGUCAGCGGGAUCUGGCUCCUCCGGUGACCCAGCAGCCCAAUCACUGCCAUCUUCUAGCAGAACAUCUCACAGCGAGCUGCCCCCUAUACCUCCAGUGCCGCCGAUCCCAUCUCUGCCAUUGCUUGAUGAGAAAGGUCUGCUGGCACCGGAAUCUCGAACGAGCUCAAAAGGCUCCUCAAUUGCUCAGCGUCUUGGGCCGAGCGCUCUACCUACGAUGGCCAGCGAAGAAUCAGGUCGCGGCGCAGCAGCACAAGAUGAGCAGGGGUCGCUGCAGGUAUUCCUCCAGCUGGGAAGGCAGACCAGGAAGGCGACACUCGAUACAGAAGGAGGCGUCAGCAUUGCCACGCUGAAGAUGCUCUUCAUCGAUCGCUUCGCAUAUUCGCCGGGCAAGGACGACUUCCCUGCCAUCUACAUCAAGGAUCCGUUCAGUGGAGUCACUUAUGAGCUAGAAAAUCUGCACGAUGUGACAGAAGGUUGCCUGCUGACUUUGAACAUCGAACCUCUAGACCAGGUCAAGCAACACCUGGACUUGUCUCUAGGUGCUCUCAGUCGAGAGAUUCGUGAGAUCAAGACCGCCUUAUCUGACAGAGACCGUGAUCUGGCCAGACGGGCUUCCACAGCCCCGCCGAACGCUGCGUCUAUGCACUUGGCUCCACCGGCGCCUGGGUCCCCUAGCAGGUUCUCUGAUUCGCAAUUUGCAGCUGCUGGACACCGAGUGGCAUCCCUGCGACCCCCAUCGAUAGCUCCUACGAGCGAAGGCGAUGCGAUUCCAAUCGUGACUGCUGCUACAGAUGCUCACGUUGCCGAAAAUCUCAAAGCUCACUAUGACGAGAUACAGAACCUUCGAAGAGAGAUGGCUGUUCUGCGCCAGCUACAGGCUGCAUUUACCGGAGAUGUUGGUGGACUCUUGAAGAACAUGAAGGAGCAGACAAGUCGAGUGAGAGCCAUUGCCGCGACUGAGGUGCCGGCAGAGCGCAACUUCAUCGUCGCGGGGAAGAGUCGACUCGACGGCAGCUCCCAAGAGGUGUUGACGCUGAUCGAAGAUCUGCAAGACACUGUAGACGAUUUGAAGCUCGAUGUGAUUCAACGAGGCGUGAAGCCGAAGCCAGCCACGCUCAAGAAGAUCAAAGACAACAUUGCUCAAGCCACAAGGGGUCUGGAAGAUCUGGAGAAGUAUGUGCAGACGGUCAAGCCUAGCUGGAAGAAGACGUGGGAAGCCGAGCUGCAGAACAUUGUCGACGAGCAGGAAUUCCUGAACCAUCAAGAAGGUCUUAUCGGUGAUCUGCGGGACGAUCAUCUUGCUCUGCAAGAGGUGUACGAGAACAUUCAGCAAGUCGUUAAGCUCCGAAGCGCUGGUCGACCUGCUGGUGGGAAGUACAUUCCGCCUGCACCUGAGGAAGGGCACGAGGGACUCAGUACGGUCAUGCUCGAAGUGCGCGGGCAGAGCGUCGAUCACGAGAAGCGCCUGCGAGCAUUACAGGCUGCCGAACGCUCCCGCCAGCGCGAGAUCGCCUCUCGUACCGACGACUUCACGCAGGAGCUUUCUGGCUUUGUGCACAAUGUUGCUGGCGACGGUCUCAGAAAGACGGGAGGGCACGUCGAGGCGGAGAGGAUCAGAUCGAAGAGGGACAAGGCUACGCUUCUCGCUAUGUUCGGUGCUGGCGGAGCCGGAGGAGCGCCCGUCGAGGCGACGGCUGGGAUGGAGAAGCCAAAGAAGCUCAUCUUGGGCGGAAGUGCUGGAGGAGGAGGACAGGCACUUCUGGCUCAGAGGUCUACGUCGUCGGACAGUCGAUGCGCUACUCCCUCUACUACCUCGCAUAACACUGGUACAGCCAGCGCUAGCGAGGAAGGAGGACGGCAGACGCCAAGCUCCGAGGCUUGA